ACUCCCACCUCACCUCUAAUUCAAUCUUCUCCCUAAAACGAAACCCUCGUACUCUACCUCUAAUUGCAUAAUCUUCUCCUCAAAUCAGGUUUUUUCGGUGGCCGCUCCGAUCUAGUCUGGUUCUCUCCGACGCGGCACACAAAAUCUUACACUACACUCGCAUCUAAAGAGUAUCUAUUCAGGAAAAUGGCAAUUGAGCAAGUGCAGCGGGAUGGAUCACAGUUGCCUAAGACAAGGCAAGCGUCAAGUACAAGGCAACAUGUGCACAAUGUGCAACAACAGAAUACAAAGCAGCAACAACAACAAAAUGCAGAACAACAACAAGAAACUGUCCAGCAACAACAACAGCAGAUUGUGGGGCAGCAACAACAAACUGUCCAGCAGCAACAACAGCAGAAUGUGCAUCAGCAGCAACAACAACAGAUUGUGGGGCAGCAACAACAACCGAAUCAGGAGCAGCAGCAUGAUGCAGAAGCAUCAACUAGUGAUCAGUCCAGAGAGCAAAGAUUGACAUACCGGGAGAAACGAAGGCUUGAACAAGCUGAACAUCGACUAAAGUUUCCUGAUCGUAAGAGGCGUGGGCCAACUAGGGGUAAGAAAUAUGUUACUAAGAUGUGGAAUCCUAAUUCUGAAGAAAAGAUUAAAAUAAAUUUCAUGGAUGAGCUUCGACGGGUGGUUGGUGAAAAGGCAGAUGAAUUCAUAUGUGAUUGUAGCAAUUGGGUGAAAGAAUUUUGUCCCCUCAAGUCAUUGAAUUGGGCUAAAAUGGAUUCAGGUGCAAAAGAGAGGCUGUAUAAAAAGAUUCGAGCUAAAUAUGAUUUACCUGAUAAAGUUGCUGGUGCUGAUGUUACUGAUGCGUUGAGCUUUCAGUGCUCCAUGUUGUAUAAACAUUGGAGAUUUAGGCUUAAAGAGAAAUACUUUAGAAACAAGUCUAUUGCAGAUGCUAUAAAUAGCAUACCAGAUAAUAUUGAUGCUAACCAAUGGACAUGGCUAGUAUGUGAGUAUUGGAAUGAUGAAAAGCAAAAGCGUAUUAGUAAAGUUAACACGGAUAAUAAGCUUAAGCAAACUGAAACUCCUGCAAAUGGUGCAAGGCAUAAAGACAAGGGAUUUGAACCUAAUGCUGAAAAAGACUAUGAAGCGCUUAGAAACCUUCAUGAAAAAGAAGUGAAAGAGCAUGGUGAAGAUACACUAAGUGUCAAAGCAGCAUACAUGGAGGUUUUCAAACCAAAGUCUGGAUAUGUCAAGGGACUUGGUCCCGGAGCUCGUCCACCUAAGAAAAGAAGAGUUGAAGGAGAAACUAAUGAAAGCUUAGAACCUCAAAUGAAGAGCUUAUAG